AUGGCAUUAAUUUAUGCGAGUGUGGUUAAUAUGAGGAUGAGCGAUCAAAAUGCUACUGAUAAGCAACAACAUAAGAAAUCAAUUCACCAUAGUAAUAGCAGACGAUCAUCCGAUUCUAUACAAAAACCUGAUGAUGAACAUCAGACACCUCAAAAUAAACGACUUGAACGAAGUGAAACAAUUUGCACUCAACCAAAAAGAAGAAGCAAAUCCCAUCAUCAAAACGCCUCAUUUUGUAGCGAAAUUCCAGAUAGUUCAUCAAAGGGUGAUUCCAGUAGUGAUUACACUAUGAAAGAAAGGAAGUUAAAGCGAUCAGCAACUUAUAAACCUCCGCCAGUAUCAAUCUCACCGGAUUCUGCGGGACUUCGCAGAUCGCAAAAUAAAAUGAGUAAAAAGAUAUCUCGUGAAAUUAGCGAAGAAGAGGAAAAUUCGGAGGACGAUUUAAUAAGUACUUCAAAACAAGUACGAACGAGAAAUAGCCAAAGUUUGGACCAAGACGAAUGGAGAAUGCAUACACAAGUUGUUCAAGAUUCUUGCAAUGAUAACAGUAUGAUUGGUGCUUUACAAAAAAUGAAAAAAAGAUGGAGUAAAUGGCGAACAAAACGUCGUUCCAGUGAUUAUUUGAGUGACGAAUAA